CGUGUCUUCACAGCACUUGCUGGGUCACCAGGGUAUAAAUUCCUGGCAGCUUUAUUGUCCACUUCAUCUAACUCCACACUAACACCACCCUCACUAACAAGACCUUUCUAUAUUGAAGAGUAGAACAACGAGAGGUCGGACUCCAAAUAAUGAACAGUCAGUCAGCCAUCAAUAAAGAUGUCUUCAUCCCCAGUAAUGAGCGGAUGCUGGUGGCGGUGGAGGUGCGCAGGAGGAAAAAGAAGAGGAUGUCUUUCCUGUCCCACGUAUCCAAAGGAGAAUAUGCAACUUUCAUUUGUGUGUCAGUGACAAACACCAGGCCACUACAGCUGAUCAUUUCAAAAGUGAAACAGUUCAGAGGCUCCUCAAGCUUCACAAGGACAUCCCAGUGGACGGUGGAGCAGCUCCGACAGGUCAACGGCAUCAACCCCAACAAGGACAGUCCCGAGUUUGACCUAGUGUUUGUUAACACAGUGGAUCAGUGGGUGGCCAGCUCUGCAGCAGAGAAGUGUAUUCUCAUCCAGAUACUAUAUCGUGCCUGCCAGACGUACUGGGAAGGGAAGGCAGGAAGUCUGUUAAAGGCGAAUCGCCAGGGUACCCUUCCGGUUGUGGAGGCUGGUCACAGUGACUCCUCCCCUUCAUCUAGAACACGGCAAACUCGACGGAAGAGCCUGGUUGUAUCCAAACCACCAGAGUUCAUCAACUGCCAAUCCAAACUCACAAGAGAUGCCACUACCAUGAACCUCUUCAUCUACCGCUGCAAAGCCUACAUGAAUCAUUUGAAGAACAAGAUAGUUGCAAACCAGAGACGCUUACAGAGUGAAGCAGGUCAGACUGAAGAGCGGGCGACAAAGAGCCCUAUGGGUAAUAUAGUCCAUCGGAUGAACGUGGCUGUGGGCGAGUGCGGGGACAGACUGACUAAAGCUGAAGACAAGACUCUGGGGCUGGUGCACGCUGCCCAUCAGCUUGCAGACAAUGCUCACAAGAGAGCAUUAAAAUCCACGAAGUAGAAACGUACAAGAGAGAAAGCGGGUGAUGUCACUGCAUGCUCCAAACUGCUCCGUCAAUAAAUAUGUCUAGAAGAGGAUCACCUGUCAUGGAUUUAUUUUCCUGGGCGAUGAAACGUUAACCCUUGAUGUUCCCUUGAUGCAUACAAACGGUCUUUUCAUAGGAUUUGCACAAUACUGUACAUGAAAAUACACACAUGGUGAUGUAGUCUUUUUGAAUUGUUCCACCAAAGCAGUUUUGCGUUCAUUUAAUCUAAUGAUUGUCUUGUUGUUUUCAUGUUGUACGGUGUCCACAUUGUGUCUUUAUCCAUGUAGUCGUCAUGCUCACCAAAGUGUCCAACAUUGUCCGUCUAUGUCAUUUAUGUCUACAGUAAGACUGAAGAUGCGCCAGGUAUACGUCGCUUAAAUACCAUUUACAACUUUUCGACUAAGGGAUAAACAUCUCAAAAGUAUUAUUCAGUAAUACUAAUGAUUUUAAACAACAUCAUUUAUUAUCAUGCACAAUUCAACAUUUACAAAAAGGAGUAGACAGAGGGAGUGUUAAUUUAAUCCUCAUCCCCUUCUCCACGUUUUACUAGUACUGUGACUGUGACUAAAUAGAUAUUAGUACCAGUGUAGUAUCUUCCAUUUAUAUUUCAAGUUUUUUUGAGUCAUCUUUGAUUUUCCUGGCAGGAAGUGUUUCAGUUGUUUUGAAGUGAAUUAAUUAACUCAUAUUAUGUUUUCCACAUGGUAAAUGUUAUAUUCAUCUUGGAGAAAGCAAACCAUCAAGUUUAGUUAAAUAGUGGUAUUUCAGUUUGAGCACAUAAGAUAAGGCCGCUUAGUUUGAUAUUUGCAGGUGAAUUGGAUCAGUUCUUGUAGGAAAGGGGCCCUAAUUGGGACUUCGGAAUCCAAAAGUGAUAGUCUUACCCUUGAAAAGAGACUACCUGUCGAGAUCAACGCCAACAUUUAAGACCAGAAAAAAACAGUUUCAUUUAGACCACAUGAAAAACCCAAAGCAUUUGUAAUAUAUGUGUGAAAUUCUUUGUUUUGUUGCAAAUAAACUAAUAAAGUCAGGUUGCAUCAUUCAAAGUGUGUUUCAAGUUGAAGUACAUCACUACGACUGCGGAUGCAUGUUAAAUAAUAUCUUUUAUUGCUGCUAAUCCUGCUUUGAAUAAACAAUUAUCUUACUGGA